AUGAUGUUCGUGCCCGGCACCGGCCCUGACGACCAAUUCAACGACAUCGUCCGCGAGCUCCUGGAGAGGUACUACGACACGAGCCACUACAAGGUCAAGCCCAAGGCCAAGGAGGUCGUGGACCUGACCCGCGCCGCCGCCGCCGAGAUCGAGGCCCUCCGCGGGCGCGCUGACCACCAGGGCAUCGACUACGAGCCGACCCGGGUCGUGACCCUGUGGAUCGACAAGUCCGAGGACGUGUGCCGCGACGACUCCCUCACGGACGACGAGAAGCACACCCGCCUCUUCUACAUGGUGCCCUUCAUCACCAAGGAGGUCGAGAACAUCACCGCCAUCCUCAAAUUGCUGCGCAACGACGUCGACGGCCCGAUGGGCGUCAGCGUCAUUGAGCUGGAGCUUUUCGUCUUCGAGCUGAUAGAGCUGCUCGACGACUGCACUGCGGUUGCCAUGAGGGGCUUACGAGGUUGA